UGGAUAUUGCUAAGUCACCAAUCUCUCAUUUUCACAAACACACAACAAAUAUGCCAAUCUUUCCAUCUGAAUCCCUAGAAUUAAAAUUCCUCCCCCUUUUCCCAUUGAUUUUCCCUCUCUUUCCUCCUUCCCUAUUUUAUAUGCACCACAGUUUUGACUAGCACAAUUUCUCCCCCUCUCUCUCUCCGACGACUCAUCCCCCAAGCUCUAUGGAUAGUGAGUUGGUGAAAAGGGGUUUUGAUUUCACUAGAAGGAAGAGGAAAUGGUUGGUCGUGGUGGGAUUGGUUGGGGUUUCGAGCUACGGUGUGUAUAGGGUGUAUCACAUGCCGUCUGUAGCUAGGAAGAGAAAGAGAAUCUUGAAGUUUUUAGGAUCCCUAAUUUCAGUGGCUGAAAUGGUUUCUGAUUCCGCGGAGAUGAUGACAGUGGUGUCUAGGGAUUUGAAGGAGUUUUUGGAGUCUGAUUCGGAUGAAAUCCCCAAUAGUUUGAAGCAGUUGUCGAAGAUUGCUCGCUCUGCUGAGUUUUCUGAGUCAGUAGCUCGUCUUUGCCAGUCGAUGACAGUAGGCGUUUUGAGGGGUUAUAGGGUAGAGAAUAGCGCGAGUAACGUUCAAGGAGAUGGUGAUCCGAGCUUUUCUGAUAGGCUUGUCGAUAAGGUGAUGUCGGAUGCUGGUGCAGGAUUUGUCUCGGUUGUUGUUGGUAGCUUUGCUAGGAAUAUGGUGUUGGGAUUCUAUGCUAGUAGUGAGAAUGGCCACUCGGGUGUGAUCCAUGAGAAGUCGAGUUCCUCAUCGUGGUUAAGUGUGGUGUCGGAUGAUAAAUGCAGAGUGUUGGUUGCUGAUUGCAUCAAGAAUUUCGUUAGCUCUGCUGUUACAGUUUACCUCGACAAAACCAUGGAUGUCAAUGUCUAUAAUGAGAUGUUCUCGGGCUUGACUAAUCCUAAGCAUCAUACUAAGAUGACUGAGUUCUUCGUCUCCCUUUGUAAUGGGGCUGUCGAAACUCUUGUAAAGACCUCUCACCAAGUGCUGACAGCUUCUCCGAAGAAGGAAUCGAGUGAAGCUCCAAGCUUCGGAAACAAGAUAGGAUUUGAAGCAGAGACUCAUUCUAGAAAGAAUGGGAAUGGUUCUGUUGAUCUUCAGAGUAACGGAUGGGUCAGUAGCGUUUCAUCAACACUGGCUGUACCGAGCAAUAGAAAGUUUGUGCUUGAUGUCACCGGGAGAGUGACAUUUGAGACAGUCCGAUCUGUCAUUGAGUUUUUCUUGUGGAAAGCAUCCGAGGCCUUGAAAAAGAGUGCGAACGUGGUUCAUGAAAAGGUUGUGGAACGAGGAUACGAAGUUGUG